AUGCUGUGUUCUAGAUCUAUCAGCUCCACCACAGAACUCUGUGAGCCCAACAGCCAGACGCCGGACCGCUCCAGAGGUCUGAGCGGAUUCAGCCGCUAUGUAAGGGGAGUUUUUAGGAGUUUGUUCAAACCUGUAAACGAGAACAAGCUCCAAAAGGAUUCCAUCUCAGCAGACCAAGAUGAAGCUCUGCAGCAAAAACAUCAGAUAAACGUCUUGGAAAAGGAAAAUGAGGAAAUGGUCCAGGAACUGAAGACGCUUCUGGACAAGUUUGUCUGUUUGUCAGACAACAAAGACACAUACAUCUCUGCAGGAGACCACCUCAAAGCUGCCCAGGACCAAAACUCCGUCCUCCAGGAGAAGCUUCUGCAGCUCCAACUAAAGAUCCAACAAGAGGAAGCUCCUCUGAUGACGACUCCGGGUGUCUCCACUGAGGAGUACAAAGAUCAGAUCCAGGCCUUAGAGCAGCAGAAGGAAGAUCUCCAGAAAGAAAUGGAAGAGCUCAAGAAGAAACGCAGCCAAGA